UUUUUGACGUGAUGACGCAUUUUUUGCCUUGUUGGAAGGUGGUUUCAGUGGGGAAGCAGUUUUUUUUUUUUUUUUGAGAGCGCUGGGGGAAAGCUGAGCAGACGAACCAAAAGCGGCCCUGAAGACUCAUUCCAAUGCUUUUGUUAUCUGUUGACAUUAAACGAUGUCAGUGACCAAGGACUUUGCAGACAUGGAUGGAGCAGAACUAUUAGGGCUUCUGUUCCAGGAUGGAGAUGAUGGAAUGACUGACUCCUUCUUUCCUGAUGGGAAUGGACUCAUAGAAUCCUGGCUAUCUGAACAGGAUAUGCUGACAGGUAUAGACACUGAAGACUUUCUUUCCAGCUUGUUAGAAGGGGAGGACAACCUGACAGCCAUCUGUCCGUCCCACUCUCCACUGGGCAGUGACAGCGGGAUCUCUGACGACAGUAGUAGCGCGGGUGGAGUUGGAAUCAACCGUCCUGGAUGCCCGAGUCCUCAAGGCAGUGACAUUGACGUCAUGCCAAGUCCAGUGUGCUCAGAUCCUCCUGUGGUUCUAGAGAGCCUGGAGGCCUUGACAGUCCAAACAGACCACAGCUACUCCCUGCUACAAGGCACAGAGCGUGACAGCGAGGAUGUCCUCCAGAGUGUGAGGUCAGAGAAGCCAGACACAGAUGUCUUCAUUGAUCUAGAUGACUUGGUCAGUGAAGACAUGGAAGAUGAUGUAACUGAGCUGCCCUACACUUUGGCUAUAGAGGACACACUGAAGAGUUCAACACAACAUGAAAACACAGAGCAGUUCCUCUUUAAAGAGAUCAUGCUCACUGAAGAAGAGAAACGACUUUUAGCAAAAGAGGGAGCAACUCUUCCCACACACAUGCCUCUCACAAAGGCGGAGGAGAGGACUUUGAAGAGGGUGAGGCGGAAGAUCCGCAACAAGCAGUCUGCUCAGGAAAGCCGCAAGAAAAAGAAGGUGUAUGUUGACGGACUGGAAAACAGGGUCGCCGUCUGCACCGCGCACAACCUGGAACUGCAGAAGAAAGUCCAAAUACUUCAGAAACAGAACAUAUCCUUGGUAGAACAACUGAGGAAGCUGCAGGCGAUGGUGAAAAUGUCAACAUUGAAGGCAAGCACAACCAGCACCUGUGUCAUGGUGUUCCUCCUGUCUUUCUGCCUCAUCAUUUUCCCUUCAGUCAAUCCGUUUGGCAACAACACAGAACAAAAAGAGUUCUACACCCCCUCCUCCAUCAUUUCCAGGACCUUACGCUCAGUGCCAGCAGAAAAUAUAGAUGCCCUGAGCUACAUCGACCCUGAAGAGGUCUUUGGGCCCCAAGUGGAGGUGGACAACGUUAAAGCCAUCUUUGCCAGUGGUCAGAAGAACCACACACCGGACUACGAGAGGGUGGAACAGCCUGACUCGGAAACGGGUGUCAACAGCAACUCUUCUGCUGAUUUCCCUAGUCCGGCUCCUGAGAUGCAACCAGGGCCAGCCGGCGGGAUUGGGCCGUUACAGGAAGGACCCGUCGAUAAAGUUGUGGCGUAUGACAUUUCAGGAUCUAAAGACAACUGGAUUGACCAGAACCCAACAGCGUCAGUGAUCUUACAACAGCACCGCUCUGAUGAGAUGUAAGAGUGGGAUGUGAAGGGAAACCAGCAGAGGGAGCCAUAUUCCUAAAAAAAAUUAGGUAUCAGGGGUAGCCUAUAAUUAGAAUACAAAAAAGAAUGUCUGUCCCUACUCUUCCCUUCUGUCUGCCUCCUGAUGUACUACUGUUACUUUGUUUGCACUUUGUUCCAAUUUCCUUAUUCUAGUGGUCAGACACAACUGAAGAGAGAUUUUCAUGCAUUGGGGGAAAUAUUCGGACAUUGUAUUUAUGGCGCUCACAUGCAGAAUCUUCUGAUAAAGUACUGAAUUUGUUUUUGCCACCAUGAUUGAACCUCUAUUACUACAUAGAUACAUCAUUGUUGUUUUUUUACCACAUUAAACAGGAGAUUUUUCUCAGACAGUCUCCAACAGGUCCUGAUGUUAAUGCAUCUCGGCCAGGAAAGAAUGAAAAUAAGUCGUCCAUUAAGUCUGCACGGCCAGGAACAUGCAUAGAAAAGUUAUGAAGAGAAAAGGAAAAAAGAAAGAAAAAGGGUUGCUUGAUCAUCAUUAGGGUUGACCAAAGUGGUCAUGUGACACCACUGAACAUGCUUUAGCCAUUGCAGGACAUUUGGCCAUUUAGACUUGUAAAGUUUCCCUUGUAGCAAGGGUAGCCAUGCUUAUUUUAAUUUUGAAAUGUUUUUUUGUUUUGUACAGUUUAUCAAGCAAAGCAGAUAUUGUACCUCUGACUCCUCCCUGUUAGGCAGUCUGCCCUUCUGCAGAGCUUUUUCACCUGCAUGGGACAGUUCUUAUCUUUUGUGUAAAAUGUCAGAAUCCCCAGGGCACCUUGGUGCUCAGGGUGAGCGGUCUGAUUUAUAUUUCCACAGUAAGUCAUCUUGCAGUAUAAUAUGCUCAGAAAUGUAAAUG